ACAGUCGAAUACUGACAUUCAAAACAGUAGCACGAUAGCAAGCUAUCUAAUUUAACAAAAAUGGUUGCCAAAUUUGUGAUUGUCCUCUCCCUCGCCGUUGUGGCUUACGCCGUGCCCCUUGUUCCCGUCAGCAAGGUGGUGUACGCUGAGCCUGAGGCGCCCGCUCACUACGAGUUCUCAUACUCCGUGCACGAUGACCACAGCGGUGACGUGAAGCAGCAGCAGGAGGCCCGUCAAGGCGACGCCGUGCACGGCUCGUACUCUCUCGUGCAGCCCGACGGUGUGCACCGCAUCGUCGAGUACACCGCCGACAAGGAGCACGGAUUCAACGCCAACGUACGCUACGAGGGCACCCCCGUCCACGCUGAACCCGCCAAGAUCGCCUACGCCGCCCCCGUAGCCAAGAUCGCCUACCCCGCUCCCGUAGCCAAGGUCGCCUACGCCGCUCCCGUUGCCAAAGUAGCGUACGCCCCAGCUGCAGUCUCAUACUCCCACGCUCCAGUCUACGCCGCCCCCGUCGCCAAGGUCGCCUACGCCGCCCCUGUCGCCAAGGUUGCCUACGCUGCUCCCGUAGCUCACGUCACCUACUCUUCUCCCGCCAUCUCUUACCACCACUAAAUUGUUAGAUCCUGUUAUUACAUAGACUGUUG